AAGUAACCCCGCGGGGUUCUGUGAGAUACACCUCGUCCUCAUCACACAGGCACUAUAAUUAGCUGUGUGGGUGUAUGCUUGUGUGAAGGUGGAGAUCAUGGUGUUUAUUCAAAGCAUUUUACUUUGUAAAAUAGAAUGAGUUCAAGCCCAAGAACAUCAAGAAGAAGAAGAUGAGUAUUAUCAUGUCUGUGGACGAAAACAGAAGUGAACCAGGAGCAGGGAGACAUACCAAUAAUCCCAUUGGUCCAUGAGCCCAUGUCAGGCUCCUUGAUGACAACAUGCCUAUGGCACCUGAAGCGGAGGGGAUCCAACUGAAGAACGUCACCCCUGCACAGUGGGACAGAAUCCUCCCGAUAGGAAUCAUCCAGAGGGAGGAUCCCAACCAGAACCAAUCAUUCCAACAAUACGUCAUCCCAAUCAAAAACAAUGGAAUGGAACAGAUGGAAUAUCAUGGACCACCUCCACCUCCCAUCAUCCCCAUGGUGGGAUCCUGGGACACUGGAGUGAAUGCUCCACGUUGUGGAGAUUUCUAUGCCAGGAGAAAAGAUAUCCGGAGUAGAUAUGUGGCGGAUCCUGCUUUAAUGACCAUCACCAAGCCAGAACACUUCGAGGCCAACCCUCAGAGCCAGGCUGGCAGUUGGCCGGUGGCUAAACCUCAGCACCCAGCACCCCCAGUACAGAAAACACGAAACAGUGGAGGCUGGCUCAGGUGGUUCUUCGGAGAAAAGGAAGAAGUUCUUCAGAUGACAAGGAUACCAGAUGACAAGCCUAAUUCUAUUGUCUGGGAUCAAAACCUGCACAGAUGGGUUGACGCAAGUCCCAUGCCCAAGACUGAGAACAAGCCUGUUCCACCUCCUCCCCCGAUGGGGAUGUAUCUGGAGAACUCUAGUCUCCCCAAAGGAGUGAAUCCUUACUCCAUGAAAGCAGCAGAUCAAGGAAGCCUAGGGGACAGGUAUCCCAAGCUAUUGUACCAUGGUGGGAUCACUACAACACCUCCAUACCAGGGUCCUGGAUCGCUCCCUGCCCAGCAUGCAACACUCAUGGCACCGAUGACUGUGCCAUUCGAUGUUGACAGGCAGAAACUUGGCCCAGGCACUCUACCCUUUUGAGAAUCGACACUGAACAAUCCUUCUGCAACGAUUUAUUUAAUUAGCUUUAAUAUACAGCAACACUUGGCUGAAGUUUCAGUGAUUUUUAAGCUAUUUAUUUUUGUCUCACAGGUCGUUUUCCAGGAGGGAUCAUUUGAUAUUUCAGCAUUUUAAAAGACAAAAUAAAAUAAGAUUUCGGGCUUUGAAAAGUUAUUAAAAAUCUGUAUGUUCACGUAGCUUUGAUAUGUUUUCUGGCAUCCUUUACAAGCCCAUCGCUUGUGCACAUUUCUCUAUGUUACAUACUUUACAGAUGGGUAUAUUAUUUAUACAUAUGUUUUUCAAAAUAUAUUCAAAAAAGAAUUAAUCUAUUUCAUAAACAUAAUAUCAAAUGUAAAUAAAGUGCAUUUUAAAUUGUACACCAUAUAUUUCAAUAUAUGACUUUACUGCAGGCCUAGCGUUGUGGGUGGGCCUUAGGGAGCCAUGCUCGCCC